AUGGACGCGCCGACCGUCGACGCUGACGUUCGUCGCUCCAGCAUCGAAAAGAUGCCUCUCCCCCCUCCUCCGCCUUUUGAUAGCUUGCCGGAUGAGAUUAUUGAACAGAUCCUACGACUCGCCGACCCUAGCAGCUUCGCGUCUCUGGUUCUCCUUAACCGUAAAUGGAGAGCCGUCUCCCAACGAGCACAUCUCUAUCUUUUGCAGCUGUCACAAUGUCCUUCGUAUUCCGCAAGCCACUCGACUUUCCCGUCCUCGGACGACGAUAACCUCCCUCAACUGCGCCGACUCUUCGCCCAAGAAGUCAAGCGGAAUCUCUUUCAGGCUUUCCUGCGCCCAAACAUCACCACCGUGAAACUCAUUUCAACAUCUAUCAGCUCUUCGUCAUGUCCUGGAGGUGAGGGUAUGCAGUAUAGUGCCUCCCCAAAGGGCCAUCACAUUCUAGCGUACAAUUCCGGUAGGAUUUAUGUGUUGGAUGUACGAGGCUCGAGUCUUGAAAUCAAGCGGGAACUCAAGAUUCUCCGCCGCCCUGUCUCGGCCUGCAUCAACGACAAAGGUACACUCCUCGCGGUGCUAUCCACCGAGAUGCAGGUUGAUCUCUACGACAUGGAAAAGACCCCACCGCGUCGAACACAGUCUAUGAUUCUUGACAACACUCCUCGAGCCAUUGCUCUCUCACCCUGUGGAUCUGUCGUCGCCGCAGCUUAUGAAGGCGGGAUUGAAGUGUCCUCUCUACGGGCUGAUGCUCUUGCAACUGAUCGACGAGCUGUUAAGUGCGACGCCGUCGAUGCUCUGACAUUCUCCUAUGAUGGCACUCAAAUCCUUGGAACUACUAUUCAUUCCUCUCCGCCAAGCACCGUCAUUAUCACGGCGCCAUAUUACGACCCAGGUCCUCACAUGUCCGAAGACAACUUGAGCCCACUCUGGACUACGUCGAUUUUGUUUCCCAACACCAGCAGAGACUGCAGCCAUGCAGUUCUGCUCCAGGAUGGUAACGAGGAAGAGGCAAGCUGGACGUUUACGUAUGACCGAAGUUUUGAGACAUUCCGAGCUGUUCGAAUCGAUGACCUGAGGAACGGCACAACCUACUUCACGGGACCAGUACCAAGUACAUCGUCACAGGCUAAGCUCCUCCCUUCUACCCUUCCUUCUGCGACAUAUCGGGGCGAACUGGUGUCGGCUGGGUUUCAAGGGAAGGACGUAUGGAUCUAUGGUGUCCCUGAAGACUUGGAUGCCGUUCCAGACAGCGCAUCAUCAUCGAAUGACGGAUCAUCGCCAUCCAACCUCGGCAGACAAAACAGCAGCAACUCACGACGACCUUCAACGCGAGCACAGGAAACCGAGGGCGGUAGAGUACCUCAGUGGCAGCUUCUCUGCGACAAGCUUAGGAACACGUUCGUUUCGGGCGCUAAGGUAGCUGAGUUGCCUGAAGUGAAGAUGGUGAAAUGGGUUUCAGGGUUUGGCAGCUCGUCAUCACAGGAACGCUUGGUCGUGACAGCUCGAGGAGUUGGCGCACCGAGGUUGGUUACCGAGGAGGAAGAUAUGGACUUUGUCGAUGGCGGCAGAGUUACUCUCAUCGACUUUGAUUAUGGCAUCCGUGACGGAACCAAGAACGAGAUCACCAUCGAAGUUGGCACCGACCACCCCGAAGUCUUGGAGGAGGAGCAACGUGACCUUGCAACAGAGGUGGCCAUUGUCCGACGAAGAACUGUGGCUCAAAGACGAGGAGGCCGUGGCGGGGGCUCUAAUCUACUCCGAUCUGCUACAUCUGCCGCACGAACUCACGCAGUUCCUCCUCUACCAAGACCUGAGCGCACAAACAGUCGCGACAAUCAAGAUGAUGACGACCCCUUGAUCCCCCGGAGGAUUGGUCAACGUCCCAACCAAAACCCAGCCAUUCGAACGACUGAACCUGACAACGAUGACGAUGACGGAGAUGGUCUAUCGAUCGAUGAGAUGGAGGCACUGGACGCCCCCUAUGCACAUGCAAGCCCUCGCUCUCAAACCACUCUGCGUCGUGCAGCGACGGCUGCUGCUGUGGACCGAACUCUUCAUCCUCGGACUGCAGACGGUCGCCCCAUUGAGUAUCGCCGUGCAGACGGUCGACGAGAGCAUCCGCAUGAGAGUGAUGCUGACAACUGGGUUCCUCCUCCACCCCCAUACCAAAAGGAGGACCCAGGAGACUUGCCAGCUUUUCUGCGUGGGCCCUCAGUUGCUCCUCUACCUGCCCCUAUCCCUCCUAUCCCCCCUAUGCCAAACUUGCAUGCGGCUGGGAUGCAUUCUUUCGGACAGAACAACGGAGGUGUGGGCUCUCUUGAUUCCAAGGACGGACACCAUCACCCUGCUGCUUCGCCUCAACGACCGCCAUUUCAGAGAACAGCGAGUGACUCGACUACUAUGAGUAGACCGCGAGUCGAUUCUACGUAUCGGCCAAGAUCGAGCCCCUCGGCCCAACAGGAGAUGGAGGACGAUCUCUAUGAUGCUACUCCACCUGGUUCGCCUCGACAAGCUGCCCGCCAACCAGAGACGGCAACCUCUGAGCCCGACUCGCGAAUCCCUUCCGUGUCUUCGAUUGCCCCAUCCGUGGAUUUCAGAGCCGUGACAGCUCCCGCCGAUCCUGCUGUGGGUUUGCCACCCCCCUCCCAACCUCAGGCUCCGGUCCCAAGAGUGAAUGUGGAUGUUUCGCCAGCGACCGAACAUACGACCCAGCCAGGUCAGGGUACGGCGUCUAGAGUGAGGCGGUUGUCAAACGCUCAAACUUGGCCUGGUGGUCCCGGGCCCGAGGCCGGCCGACCCGCUGACCAAGUUGAUGGAUUCCCUUUCCCAGGGUCCAGACCUCAGCCCACGGAAGACUCUCUUUCGGCAUUGCCACCUCUGCCCAGCUCUAGCCAGCUUGCAAGCCUAAAUCACAGGGUCAGCCAAGGCAACCCAAGACGUCUUUCAGGAGGCCACCAUGUGCAACGGAGGCCUGUGGGAAGCCUGGAUGGUGAUUACCUGUCACAUUCGUUUCCCAGUUCGCUAUCAGUAGGACCUUCCAGCCUUACACAGCCCGAAUUCGAUCAACCACUCAUUAUCAGCACCCCCAGAGGUGUGACUGGUGCCUUUGACCCACCAACCCGUCAGACGUCUGGCCGCCGAAGCGAGACCCCUUUGCUUGCACCGGUUCCUCGUCACCCUCGACCCGUUCCCGGGUCCGGUCAACGGCCGACGGUGGAGCGUCUAGAGACGAUAUAUAGUAUCGCCUCGUCGCAGGGAGGUAACCAUGUACCCACAGGACUUCCUGCCCAUCAGCCUGCACCUGCUUGGCUGAAUGCUCCCCCUGUGCCCGUCACAAGGACAUCCCCAACAGUGAACCGCCGACCCAGCCGUGCUGAGCGCAGCGCCGCUAAGAACAUUAAGGAUGCCAAGAAGCGCGGCUGGACUGGC